AUGCCUGCCGACGGGAAACUAGUCUGCGUCACAGGAGCCGGCGGCUACAUAGCUUCUUGGAUCGUUAAGUUACUUUUGGAGAGAGGCUACACGGUAAGAGGAACCGUACGUAAUCCAUCUGAUCCCAAGAACAACCAUCUCAGAGAGCUUGAAGGAGCCAAAGAAAGACUCACUCUUCACAGUGCUGAUCUUCUCGACUAUGAAGCUCUAUGUGCCACAAUAGAUGGCUGCGAUGGCGUUUUCCACACCGCUUCUCCAAUGACCGAUGACCCCGAGACAAUGUUGGAGCCGGCUGUGAACGGAGCCAAGUUCGUGAUCGACGCAGCUGCUAAAGCCAAGGUCAAGCGUGUUGUGUUCACGUCAUCGAUAGGUGCUGUUUACAUGAACCCUAACCGUGACCCUCAAACCAUAGUCGAUGAAAACUGUUGGAGUGAUCUUGAUUUCUGCAAGAACACAAAGAAUUGGUAUUGCUAUGGGAAGAUGGUGGCGGAACAAUCAGCGUGGGAGACGGCCAAGGCCAAAGGUGUGGACUUAGUGGUGCUAAACCCGGUUCUAGUUCUCGGACCACCGCUCCAGUCAGCGGUCAACGCUAGUCUAGUUCAUAUCCUCAAGUACCUCACCGGCUCAGCCAAGACCUAUGCUAACCUUACUCAGGUCUACGUGGACGUCCGUGAUGUUGCAUUAGGCCAUGUUAUGGUCUACGAAUCACCUUCCGCUGCAGGACGUUACAUCCUCGCCGAGACUGCCCUUCACCGUGGGGAGGUUGUUGAGAUUCUUGCUAAGUUCUUCCCUGAGUAUCCGCUACCGACCAAGUGUUCGGACGAGAAGAAUCCGAGGGCAAAACCAUACAAGUUCACUACUCAAAAGAUAAAAGACUUAGGCUUAGAGUUUAUGCCCAUCAAGCAAUCUCUCUACGAAUCUGUCAAGAGCUUGCAAGAGAAAGGUCAUCUUCCUCUUCCUCAAGAUUCGAACCAAAACAACGUCACGAUCGAAUCCUAGAACAGUUUACGACCAUAACCUCUCAUCACACCCACAUAAAAAAGUUUAUUCUAAAGUGAUACGUUUGAUUUGACUAAGUUAUUUGUUUAAUCCUUAGUUACAUAUAUAAAAAUAUAUAGCUGAUUGCUCCUUUGUAAUCGAUAAUUACGCGUCACUCAUAUGCUAAAGCAAUGAUUUUAUUAUCUGAUAUUAUUAUUAUCUGAUAUUAUUGUAACAUUGUUCCUUAGAUAGACCUACGAGAAUCUGAUCCCUUUUGAAAAAAAAAGAUGACAAAAAAACCAACUCUUACAAGGCCUAAGAACCUUUUAACUAGUACUGUCUAGAAGUCUUUGUAAACUUGGUUUGAGCCAAUUUUAUUAGAAUCCUAAGUUUUAAGAUAUGAUUGAAUAAGACUCAAUCAAGAUCUGAUGCAGCCGUUUUACCAUGUAGUUGCAUGUCUACAAUAUCUUGUCUUGGGAGAGUCUCCACAGUUUGUGAGUUUGUUGAAGCAAGAAGAGGACUAGCUUUUCUGUUCUUCCGGAGGACAAGAAAAGCUAUAGAUGCUAAAUAGAUAGCAAUGCCUGAGAACCCAAGAAUUCCACAAAAGAUGACAAGGGCAAGCUUCAUGUGACUAUGUAUUAGCAGUUUAAUGAAACUGCUUACUAUGUAGUAUAUGUUUAUUCCCAUGAUCAGACCACCAAUGACCCAAGUCAAAGCUGUAAUCUGUUAGACAACAAAGUAACACAUGAAAUUAAGAGAUAAAUAGCGGUUUUUCAAUCUUUUCUUUAGCUCUUUUGUUGAGUGAAAAUGUGUUAUGUAGUUACAUACCACCAUUGGGUUUACAUGUGAACCCAUCUUGGUUUUGCAGCUAGUGAACUUGAGGAGCGGGACUAGCGCGAAAG